UGACAGCGUGUAAAAUUAAUUCCAAUACUUCAAUUUAUAAUAUUUAAUUAAAUAUAACCUAGACCCACAUCCUCAUAGAGACGCCACCAUAAGCAUCAUUGAAGCUGAAGUAGCGCACACUAAAUAUUCCGCUAAAAACACAAACAACGCAAUGUGUGCAUCGACAGCACGCGCUGUAUCGCUAUUGGCGAUGCACAAUCUGACACGUUGUUGCGUUUGCGUUGAAUUCUGAAAAACGAUAGCGUUUCCAUCGCGCAUGGCUAAAUCUCCCCUCGAGAUCUCCGCGGAAAAGGUCUUCCUGUCAGCAGCAUCCCAGCGUUACUAUGAUAUCUGUGCGGCGAUCGCGCCUGAAGGUGAAACAGGAGGCAUUUGAUUCAACAUGAGUGCAAGCGUUGAGUGUCGAUGGAGUCUCUGAACGCCGUGGAGCUCCGUGAACUGGGGGACGGGAGCGGGAGAGAACCUCCUCAGGCCUCCUCAGGACCAUGGCCCGCAGCUGGCAUCGAAAACGCCUCGUUCGAGGAUGAGGACCAGGGAACGAGGAUCCGCGUUACCUCCAGAACAUCUGGACCCGAGUUCACGUCCAUCGACGCUCAGUCGAAUCCGCUGCCUGUUCAGAGAGAAGUGCCGUCGCCUCGCUCCGAAGACGAACCCGAGCUCGAGUACAACGGUCAUUCCGUAGACUACGGGUUCAUUUUUGCACUCAUUUUCCUCGUAAGCGGCAUCAUAUUAGUGGUAAUCGCCUACACCAUCCCAAGAGAGGCUAAAGUCAAUCCGGACCAAGUGACAGCGCGGCAGAUGGAGAAACUGGAGAUGUACUACGCACAACUCGGUUCUCACCUUGACAAAUGUAUUAUUGCGGGACUUGGUUUGCUCACUCUGGGAGGAAUGCUGCUGUCGGUUUUAUUAAUGGUGUCUAUAUGCAAAGGGGAGCUGUAUCGCCGAAGGACUUUCGCCAGAAGGCCCAUGAAAUCGUACGGAUCCAUUAAUAUGAGGAUGAGGCAGUUAGCUGAGGGUGAUGGGAGGGAGACGCUCGUGGAAUGUGAACCGAACGCCAGCGCUGACGCCGCGAACGGUAAUCCGGUUCCUUCUGGAACGCUAAACACGUAGCACAACUCAACCGCAAAAGAAAAAAGUGCUCGCAAGGCAGCGUAAAUAAAGGUUUUCGGUUCAGUCUGAUCAUUUGUGAAUGAAACCUUUUUUUUUGUUUUGUUUGUUUGUUUUUUGGUCGGCUGUGUUGCCAGAUCUCCAAAAGAAACGUGGUCUAAAAAAAGCGGGGGGAUACUAAACUCAUAAUUAAUUGAUCAACAGAGAACCCCAAUUAAAAAAAAAAAGUAUUGCAUGAAGACUAAAUAAUUACUUCGGUUGCCAAAUGUUUUUGAAUUACACCAUUUUAUUUAAGCUGUUUUUGCUCAUCAUUCAGUAUAGUGAUUAAAAAAUAAGCCUAAAAAUGGCAACCUAUGACUGCCUGUAUUUCUAAGGAACUCCCAGAUUGCGUGUAAAAGGUGGACUUGGCAAUAUAUGGUUAAUCAUGAUUCACUAUGCAAAUAAACACAAACAAAAAAAAACUAACAGCAAAUAUUGCAAUAGUACCACCUGUCAGUUAGAUUUUCACACUUUUAAUUUUGAAUUGAAGUCAUUUCUUUAAAAAGUAUAAUGUUUAUUAUGAAAACAAAACAGACAGUUAAGGCUGAAAUAAUUUCUAACUCGAAGAAAGGUCGAGGUCGACAUGACAGCGAUGGAAGUCCUUGGUUUAGAAAAAAUGUAAAGGCAACCAUUCUUAUUAAGACUUACCAGUCUUCCUGACUGGCUUGCAAACAGAUGUGAUGAGUCAUGACUAAUUCAUAAUGCAAAGUUUUGACGCUCCUUAAAAUAAGUUUGUACCAAAAUACGCAUUUUAAUUUUGUCCUUUCAGUUCUGGAGUACAAUGUGACACGUUUUCGUAUACGUUAACCUGCUCGUGCUGCCUUGCAAGCACUCUCUUCAUAUUAACCGAGGCGUAGGCAAACACGCAAAGUAUGUGACGGUGCAAAAACAGAUGCUAAAAACUCAGAAGACUGUCGAAAGAAUGAAAGCACAACGGUGAAGCGUCAUAAAAACUCAACAUGCUGCAGAACAAAGCGCCAUCGGCUACUCUACGAAACUUGAAAUAAAUGUCUGUAUACUCUAUAGCAUCACUAAAGACACUAUUAGUGGAAUAUAUACAAGCUAUUAUUAUCCAAGGAUGCAAUAUGCCUUAAGACGAUACAAAUGUUCACCUUGAACACAUUUAGGCUUGUUUGUAUUUGUACACUGUUCGUGUUUUGUAUCUGUGUCACACACGUACUCGUUGUCAUCAACCCCACGUUCUUGGAGUAGAAGACAAUGUACCGCAACCAAGGGAAUAGACAUAUGAAUGCUUAACGUUUUAAACGAGAUAUCUAUUUUACAACAUCUAUCGGUAUGGUAAUUUAGUAGAUCUGUGCUAACAAUUAACAAAAAUGUGAAGUUUUACUGUAAUGGUGCGACAUGCAUUAGAUUCCAGUAGAGAAAUAUAUAUUUCCAUAUCAAUGUUCAGGUUACGAAGUUGUUGUCUUCUCAGUGACACAACAGAUGUAGGCUACAGUACGCUUUAGGAAGAUGCUCACCGACCCUUUUAAAACCGCAGAGGUUCACGUGUACUUGAUCCCACAUAAAGCCGUCCCCGCCGGUUAGUUUUUCUGCUGAUGUAGUAACCGUUUUCUGUAAGUGCGCUGUCCAAAAGCGAGAUUGUAAUCAAAACUAAGCUGAAAGACAAUAAGAGCAGAUGUAUAACAAGUCUUAGAUGUAGUAAAGAUUUAUCCAGCAAUGCUGUAUUUCCAGGGGUGUAUCCAAAAUACAUUCCCAGCAUAUUAUUCUGUGUAGAGCAGCUUUGUAAUGGCACUGAAGAAUACUAACCCUCGGGCCAUCAGAGAUUUAGAUGGGUUAAGAGUUAUUUAGAGUAAAAGAGUGCAGCGAAUGGGUGCCGUCAGAAUGAGAUUCAAUAUAGCUGAUAAAAACAUCACCGUAAUCCGUAAGAAACCAACACAUUAUUAAACUGGUCUCUGGCUUAAAUGUGAGUUCUCUAUUCGUGAUACUGCUUUAAAAAAAUCAUCUUUUGUGAAUAUGCACAGAUCAAAAUAUGUGGGCUUUUUUGUAAGAGGACAACAUGGGACGGACUUUUUACUGAAGGAAGCUUCUCAACGGAUUAUGAACUGGUAUUUUGGCCAGACCUUAUUACUUAAAUGGUCUUGACGAUGUGUUUGUUUCUUACGAACAUGUAGCUUUUCGGAUCGGAGUUACUUAUCAGCUGUUUGGACUCUCAUUCUGACGGCACCCAUUCACCGCAGAGCAUUCAUUGCUGAGCAAGCGAUGUAAUGCUAAAUAUCUCUAAACAUGCUCAGAUGAAGAAACAAACUCAAUACAUCUUGGAUGGCCUGGGGUCGGUAAAUAUACUUUUUUUUGGAUGAACUGUCCCUUUCAGCGAAACUGGUAACUAAUAUAAAGCUAGGGAAAGCAAAAUUCACAUUGCAUUGAUAGAGUUUUCAAAAGUGCACUUCUUGAAACAUGCAAGUGAGCAUUUGGAAUCGCUGUAGAAAUAAAGGAGAUUAUGAUUUCUUUUCAAAAAACGUAUAAAUAUUGCAGGCUUCAAUCUCAAUAAGUACAAACACAUUUUUUUCACAGUUUCACACUAAACCUAAUGGUUAACGAGAGCACAUUAAAUGAGAGAGAGAGAGAAUAUUAUCACAUACCUAUAAUUUUAUUUCACGUUAAAUACAUUUACUAUGGCAGUGAAAGCCUAAAGAUUGUUUAAACUUUACUAUAUACUGUCCUUUGAAUAUUUGGUGGUGUAUAAAGUGUGAUGCGUUCAUGUGCAUCACUGACUUAAGUGCUUUUUGAAGUGAAAUGGACUAGUUGUAAUGUUUAUUUGAUUCAUUGCUAAAUUAUAGUAAACAUUUCUGUCAUUUAUUAACUGUAUGAUGUCGGUUAUGGUGUGAUGUAAAGUUAAAGGGUCACGGGAAAGUGGUAUAUUGUCUUUAAUUGUGUAAAAUAUUGUCUUGUAAGCACAGAGGAUCUAGUAUUGAGCACACUAAGCAUUUAUCUUACACCGAAUCUGUGCUGUUGGUCACGGUGCUCAUGAACAAGCCCCUAAACGAACGAGAAAGUCAUUUAAAGGCAUUAGGAAAUGGUUUUUCAACAUGACAGCCUGAAUUGAGAAAGUCACUGUAUUAAGAAGGGAAUAUUAGUGAAAUUGUUUAAUUUCUAUUCCGAUAAUGCUGUUCUUUCGUCUUCUGUUCACCAAAUGAAUCCUGAAAAAAAUCAAUUUCCACAAAAAUAUUAAGCAGCACAACCGUUUUCAACAGUGAAUCAUUUAAUAAUAAAAAAAUUGCAAAAAAAACUAAAACUGCUUUGCAUCACAGGAAUAAAAUCCAAUAAAUUCAAAUUAAAAGUUAAUAAUAAUAUGCAGACUAAAUGCAGCCCCGGGGGCUUUUUUCAAAAACAUUUUAGAAAUGUUACCAUCCCAAUGUGUUGAAUAAUAGUAGCGUACCAAUAAAAUUGCAAAAAAUUGAAGACAUGUCCUGAAUAAAUCCGGUUAUUUCAUUCGGGUAUCACAUGCAUACAGAAAACGUGCAUGUAUUGCAGAUAAAUUAAGUGUAAUAUGACAGUAUGCUUCAGAUGAGCACUAUAACGGGGCUUUGUAGUCAUUUGUGUUGAUUAGAAGCAGCUGCUCAUCUUUGUUACUAAAUGAUCAUCAUUGUACAAUCUGUGAAGGUUAAUCAUGGAGUCAGGCUAUAAAGUGUUCCUAGAAAACACAAGCACUGCAGAGGCUUAAUGAUGUGCAUAAUGCUUGUGUGGGCCAAACAGACUGUUAUGUAUUCAAAUGAAAUGCAGUACCACGGUACUUCUGGGCCAAUCACUCUGUUUUUUAAUGUAGAGAGCGGGGGUGUUUGAAUUGCAUGUACAAUGUGAGCUGUGCAUUUUAAGUCUUUGACCACUUCAUGUAUGUUCAAGGCAAACGUGUCACCUUUUUUAUACCGUUUCCAUGCGUGAAAUAAAACUUUUUGUUGCUA